AUGCCGACUAGUCUCUAUAGUCAAUACUCGGACCAAAAUUCAUUUGAAACUAAGCGUGCGAAGUUGCCACUAAUUCCACCAUAUCUACAGCCUGGAAUCGAUCAUCAAUUGACAUAUGGGGUGAACUUCGCAUCAGCAGGAGCUGGUGCUCUGCUUGAAACUCGCCAAGGAUUGGUGAUAGACCUUCAAACUCAACUUGGUUAUUUCAAAAAUGUUAGCAGGCAAUUGAGGAAGCAGCUUGGGGAUGCAGGGGCUGAAUCCUUGCUAUCCAGAGCUAUUUACUUGUUUAGUGUUGGAGACAAUGACUACACACUCCCUUUUGAGAUCAACUCCACCGUUCCUCAUUCCUACUCGCCAAAACAGUUUGUGGGGUUGGUGAUAGGCAACAUAACCACAGUAGUCAAAGAAAUAUAUAAGACUGGAGGAAGGAAAUUUGGGUUUUUAAAUAUGUUGCCAUUAAGCUGUACACCAUAUGCAAAAGCAUUGCUUGGAGGGGGACAAUGUUUUGAACAGAUCACACCCUAUGUAAAGCUUCACAACCAAGAACUUCCCAAGCGUCUUCAAAAGUUAGAAAGCGAGCUGAAGGGAUUCAAAUAUUCACUUUUACCAUUUUACUCUUUUUUGGAACAACGGAUAAAUCACCCUUCUAAAUAUGGUUUCAAAGAAGCAAAAGCAGCAUGUUGUGGCAGUGGACUGUUCAGAGGUAUUUUCAGCUGCGGAGUAAAAAGAGGUGUGGAAGAGUAUUAUCUAUGUCAGAAUGCUAGUGAAUAUGUCUUCUUUGACUCUCUUCAUAUCACUGAAAGGGCUUACCAGCAAUUUGCCAAACCAUCGUGGAAUGGAAAACCCGCUCUCUCUGGCUCUCACAGCCUCAAAGCUUUAUUUGAAUCUAAUUAAGAAAAUAUUGUAUUACUAGAAUUUAUUACAGAAAAACCUUUUUACAA